AUGAAUGAUGAAAUUAAUGAGCCACCGCCCAAUAUAUGUGAGCAGUGCUUAGGUGAUGAGGCUAAUAUACGAAUGACUAAAAUUCCACAAGGCUCUGAAUGUAAGAUUUGUACCUUACCGUUCACCUUAUACCAUUUUAAGACGUCUAAACGAAGCAAUAAUAUCAUUAAAACAUUAAUAUGUGUACGGUGCGCCACUCAGAGAAACAUUUGUCAAUGCUGUAUGCUUGAUUCAAGAUGGCACAUCCCUAUACAACUGCGGGAUCAUUUAAUAUCCCUUGUGAACGAGGAAAACGUUAUGACGGAGGAAGCAAAAAACGACAUGAUGAAAAGGUUUCUGUCACUAAAAAACGUGAAAUUAGGAGGAGCUCAGAUUACGAGUGAUCCGUCAGAAGCAGAUAAUAUCGUUGAUAAAUUGAAAAAUAUACUUCUGCGAGCAACAUCAGAUGGCCCAAGUACUCCGUUAAUAAAAAACACAACUGCAUUGUAUAAAAAUGAAAAAGGUGCAAAUGAGGUCAAAAACUUGGAAAAGUACGCGUCCGUGGACAUUUCUCAUAUUUUGAAGAAACUACCCUUGAAUGAAUCGUUUUUAAAAAACCCCUCCACCAAAUCAUUUUUUCUGUAUAAUAUUGAUGCCUCGAUCCCUGAAUGGAAAAUAACUGAUACAGUUUCGCAAUUAUUGGGUAUAAAGAAAUGGAAGGAUGGAAAUUCAUUGUCAUUAAUAGUCAACCACAAGGCGAAGUGUGGUGGCCUAAGAUUUCAAUCUAGUGAAUUGGGGGAGCGGUUUGUCAGUAAAAUAAGUGAGACACUUGUCACACCAAAGGGCCUAAAGAGAGGAGUUUUACUUAUUGACCGUUUUAGAAUCUUUAUCAUUCCGUGGUCGUCUGGCUUUUCAGCUGCGUCAUUCGGAACCAACACUGCAGAAAAUAUAAAACUUAGUUUAAGUUUGAAUAAGCUUAUUCAGUUGGAGCUAGGGCUUUCUUUUCCUACAAAAAGCACAGAUAACGCAAAGAAUGACAAGAAAAAGACAUCAAAAAAAGUUCAUAAGGACAGAUCAAAGAAAUCGAAACCUCGCGCUAACAAGUUAACAAUAUAG